GAAUUGUCCAAAAUGCAUCUCUCUCCUUUUCUUUUCUAUGAUGUAUAGUCCAUAGUGGUACUUUAUCGUUUCUGAAGCAAUGUUUGUGUUAUGUUACAUUUCGGUCUUUUGUAUCACUAUUCUUCAUUCUGUGACGGCCUUUGCUGAACCUCAGUACCCUCUUUUCACAUCUUUGGAGGCUAUCAAUUCUCACAACGCAGAAGGGAAAUUGAACUUCUCUUCAUCAGCACCUCAUUAUUUUGCAUCAGUCUACGGACUUCUUCAACAAUGGCCAAAUACAUUCUUUCCGAGUGGGCAUAGUAUUGUGCCGUGUGAGAUACCCCCUCUCACAAAAGUGUACCAUGGCCGGAGAGAUGGCGAAUCUCUACCUGAAAGUCCAGAAUGGGUUUCUUUCGACAUUGAAAUGGCCUAUGGGAUUAUGGGUUCUACAAGAAAUUCCCAUCUUCUCACAUUUCAGACUACUCGCACAGCAAGAUGCGUUUAUUUUGACGGAGAAUCCGCUACACUCAUGGGAAAAGGUCGAAUGGAUACACAAAUGCUCCACAUCUACGGCAAUGUAACUGGCCCAGAUCCUAAUGGACACUUUGGACCAGGCUUGGUACAAGAGUAUGAUAGGGCAAAAGGCCUCUGCUCCUGGGUUCGCGAACGAGGUCUCGGUGGAAGAGGUUGGGGAGUUGAAGGAUUUGUGAGAAUGAAUGCUGGAUUCGAGAUGAUCUGGUGUGAUUUUGAGAGCGAAACCUUAAGAUUAGUGGAGCAUUUGAAUGUUACAGCUCCUUUACUCCCCCCAAACGCACCAGAGAAUAUAUAUGAACAGAAAGAAGCGGAUCUCACAUCCUACCUUCCACUACCAUCUAGAACAACUCGGCCGCCGCAAUCUACAUCUACAAAGAACCCCACUGAAAAUAAUCCUGCCAUGCCACCAAACUUCAGACAUGAUUCUGAGAGAGAACCGUUUCUUCGAAGUCAAGGCUGGGGUUGGUUCACGAGCGCCUCUGCUCAUUACGGAUCUUCUGGACAAGGACCCGGACUGGGCGAAAACAGAGUCAAACUGUUAACAUGUGGAAUCCUGAACUAUUACUCUCCCAAAUUUGAGAGUCAAGCAAAGGCGCGAAGUUUAGUAGAGAGGGAGACAUUGAACUUGACAAGUGAAGGGUUCUGGAGAGCUGAUCUGGAGGACGAAAACGCAAGAAUGACUGCGUUGAACGCUUUGAUGCGAAGGAGAAGAUCUCAUAAUUUAGACGAUAUCAGUACAGAUGAAGCAGCAAUGAUGAAAGUGGACUCGGAAAAAGUUCUCGAGAAUCUUCUCAGCCAAUCUUCGCAUUGUACCGGUAUUGACUGGACAACUAUGACCAACGGAAUUGUUCAAACCUACGCUUCUCCACUAGCUCAACUUCUUCAAACGCUGCAGACUUAUUCGUCAGUUCCGCCUACCAAUAAAUCAGUAGAAAGAAAAUGGAUCACAUCCAUUCGGGACCAGACUCACUCCUUUCUUCUUCCCUUCCUCGAAUAUCCGUCUCCCAAAGAGAACCCUUCAAUCUGGAAACGAGACUCCAAUCUCUUCCAAAUCACCCAUUCUCGCUGUCACUACCACCACACACGGCUUCUCUCUCCUUCCUUGGGUAUCUACCUAUCACCCGAAGAAAAGUCUCUCAAGUGGGCCGUCGAAGAAACCCAAGCCGGAAUCUGCAAUAUCCUAAUCGAUAUUGGAUUUUCCAUUGAAAAUAUCUGGAACUCAACCUUUCAACAACCUUCUCCAAACUCAAAAGACGCAUCCAUUUCCUCUAGUGAAAAUAAAAAAGAAACCCUCCGCUGGAUCCACGGUAUCCAAGAACUAAUGGCCUGGCUGGGCUGGGCCGGUGAAUGGACCAGCUGUGAAAAGAAAUGUGCAGCGGAUGAAAAAUGCUAUAUCCCCAUGUGGCCUAUGUUAGGGAGAGGUAAUGGACCGAUUCGACAUCCGCCGCCUGGACAUCGAUAUGGAGAUCGACCUGAGCCAGACGAUGGAUAUCAUCGGCCGCCUGGUAGAGGAGAUGAUAGACCAGGUGGAUAUCGGCCCGGAAGACCUGGAUGGGGAAUUGACGAGACGGAUUUGUGGAAACCGAGAUGUGUGGGUGUUAAUUAUAUUAUGGGGGAUCUGAGAUAGUGGAACGGUCGCAGAGAGGAUGUAAAUUGUUUAUCUUUAUAUAUCUAUUUCUUGCGCUUGCAUAAAUACCAUAUUCGAUGAAAGAUGAACGAGAAAGAGGAUGAAUUCUGAAAGGUUCGGUAAUCCAGAGGUUCAGAAAGUAUAUACAUGCCAUGCUGAUGCGAUUCAUAUCUCACUACUCGGAACUUAUCAUCCCCUGUAAACCAAACCAUACCAUCAUCUGCUUCACUACCAACUAAACCCUACCUCAACUCGGCUGUACAUCAAAUAGUGAAUAUCUCUCUUUAAUAAAUCCAUA